GGUCAAAGUUGAGGGUAGACGAGAGCGAACUACGUCAUACAAAUGGCGGAUGGUGUAAACAGAGCAACGAAACACAAGUUGUACAUGUUUUCUAAAGAUGAAUAACGUGGACUGCGAGCGUUUAGACAGUUUAGAUGGUUGGGUGGCUAUAAAAAGUAAUAUAUUUGAAGAAAACGAAAUAUUUAAGCUUGGAUUUAUAGUAGAAUGGAAUGCUAUCGAGUCUAAAUUUGCUGUCACCUGUCACAACAGAACUCUUCAGCGACAGAAACGGAAAGACGAGAUUGCAGUUAGCGACAAACAAACGAGCUGGGCUGGAUUGUUCUCUGUCAACGAUUUAAAAAACGUUCAUCGUCAGUUUACAGGUGUCAGUGAUGUUCUGGCACCAAUUUUUCCAGACUUGUCAGACUUUGAUGAUGGUAACAUUUGGGACUUAUUUCUGAACCGUGUAUCCAGUCCCGAAGACGAAAGGGACCUUGAUACACCUUGUCGACAACUUGAGAAAUACUUCAGCCAUGCAAUUGAUAUCUGUGGGCGAAAGAUUGUCCUCGACUCACUAUUCUCCCAAGAUGAGCGAGAUGUUGAGGAGUACUUUGAAAACCUUCAGGAAUUCAAGAAGAAAACGAUGCAGGAAGAGGUGACCAGAGCCAAGGAUCUCCUGCAAAUGAUGCAGCAGAGCCACAGCACUGCUGACAGGAUGGUUCUGCUGCUGCACAUCUAUGACCAGGAGGACCAGGCUUACCAGGACCUGGUCACCGUGGCAACGCACUUCUUCCAGUACCUGUUGCAGCCCUUCAGAGACAUGCGGGAGCUGGCGUGCCUGUACAAGAUGGAGAUCCUGAAGUCUCUGGAGUAUGAGGAUCUGGGUCCUAAGAGAAUCGAAGCUCUGGAGAAAGAGGCGGAGGAGUGGAGGAGGAGAGCAGAGGCUGCGGUGUCUUCCAUACAGGACAUCACUGUCAGCUACUUCAAAAAGACAUCAAAGGCUCUGGCCGGCAUGUUGAAGCAGAUGGAGGGGGAUGAGUGUCGCUUCGGCCCUGCCGCAUGGGCAUCCGCGGCUCCCAGGAUGGAGAAGCUGCGCUUCCUGCUGGCCAAAGAGACUCUGCAGCAAAUGAGGGCCCAGGAGAUGUGCCUGAACCGCAGGAAGGCCAGCAUCAGAGGGCAGAUGAGGUCUCUCUCUCAGGAGGGAUCUGGACCUGGCCAGCAGGAAGCCGUGGACCAGCUGGAGUUGCAGUACUACGAGGCCCAGCUGGAGCUGUACGACACCAAGUUCAACGUCCUGAGGAACGAGGAGCUUCUCCUGGUGGCCCAGAUAGGCACUGUGCGCCGGCAGAUGAAAGAGCUGAAGGAGGAGGUGGUGUACUACGACGUGUGUGAGGACCCAGAGGAGCUCCAGAGCCUGGUGCAGACAGGUGUCUCCUCUGACCCUGCCCCACCUGCCUGUCACCUGAGACGCCGUCUCCAGGCCCUGGAGUCCAAGAGAGGAAGCAUCGGCGCCCGCAGGGCCUAUCUCCGCAACAAGAGGGACCAGUGUGUGGAGGCCAACGAGCAGAAACACAGAGCCUCCCAGGAGAGUGGCACCACCUUCAUCCAACACCACGGAGUCCACCUGAAACGAGAGAAGAGAAAAGAAGAAGACCAGAGGAGAAAGGAGUGGGUGGACGAGGAGAGAGAGAAGACGCUGAGCAGAUUACGCUCCUUUAGAGAGAAGCGUCCGGGACAGUAUGUGGUGAAGACUCCUCGAUCCAAAAUGGCUGCACGAGAAUCACCGUCUUCUGAUUCCUCCCAGCCGCUGUCAAUCAUUAACCUCGGCCCCGCCCCCUCGGCUGGAUCCCCUUCCCCCGCCCCCAGGAAACCCCCCAAGAAAAAACAGAGCGCCGCCAAACCCAGGGACAUCCCGGUGACCAUCUACACCCCUCAACCUCCUGCCCCUCCACCCUCCCAGACCUCCCCCCCACCCCCUCCUCCCCCUCCUCCCCCGCCCUUGCCCCCUCCUCCUCCACCUCUCCCUGCCCUCACACCCUCCCAGUCCCAGGCAGGGGACACGCCCAAGCCCCUGAGCGAGAAAGAGGCGGCUCCCUUCCCUGCCAAGAACACUCUCAAACAAAACACAGGGUCUAUGGAUGAGGUGCUGGCCUCGUUACAGAGAGGGCAAGUUCGGCUACGCCGGGUCCAACCCCCAGCUCUUCUGGCCCCCGGUGCCGCCCCCUCCGCCCCGGACGCCAUGACCAGCAUCAUGUGUGCCAUCAGACAGGGGGUCACCCUCAAGAAGGUGUGCGCGGCCCCGCCCGAGUGCAGAGACUCUGAGCUGGAGAAGAGCAUCAAGGCAGCCAUGCUGAGGAUGAAGAGGGUGUCAGCAGACUCAGAGGAGGAUGAAGACGGAGACAGAGACGGAGGAGGAGAGUCUGCAGAGUGGGAUACCUGAGGAGACCACACUCACACACACACACACUGUCACACACUGUCACACACACACACUGUCACACACACACACUCACCCUCUCACACAUUAGAAACCUAUUUAUAAUCAAUAAUUAUGAUCAGUGAUCUGUUCUUCAAUUGUGCUGGUUGACGCUUGAUAGCUUGACUGUUGAUAGCUUCAUAAUGAGUCAGAUACGAACAUGGAGGCAGUGUCCCUGAGGUCUGUUAAAGUGGCACCAUCAAUCGCCUGGCGUCGGUCCACUAACCUGACAUCUUGAAUCCAAAGUAUUUUUUCUUUCAAGUGUUCCAAGGGAAGUGCACAACGAAUUGAUGUUUGACCGUAUCUGUUUAUCUUCUACUCUACAUCGUCUCUAAUAAUGUCCUCAUGUCUAUGAAUUCAGAAUGGGACUGUCCUUGACACGUCUCAGUAGCUAAACACUGAGCUGUGUUCAAUGCCUCCUAUAUCAUAUUCUUGUUUUCACAGAGCUGGCUUCUAGCCUAAAUUAACGUGCUGGUCAGCUUAUCUUGACCUGACAGCUGUCUUUGAGAGGAGGUCACACAUAGGUCCACAUCCUAGAUGAAACUUGAUGUUCCGACUUCCUCCUGGAUGUCAGGGGUGACGGUCCAGUCACUCGACUGUUGAGGAGGCAUCAGGCCAGCUCGCUGUCCGUCUGUUUACAUCAGAAUGAUGCACCACACUGGCUCCAUCUGCCAGGGGAAUGACAAGCGUAUAAUGUAGAGCACUGAUUUGUAUUACUUGUAUUUUUUUUUUUGUAGCAGUUUGUCAAAGCUCACUAUCAUUAUCUACUUUAAAAGAUACAUAUUUUCAACCAAGAACAUGUUGAAGUGCCUUGGGGAUAAAUUCAUUCAUCGUGAGAAUCUAAAACCCCAAUAAAAAGUUACUAAAGG